UUUUAUCUCGAUCGAAUGCGGAAAACUCGAUAUGUGAAAUGUGGAUCGUACAUUGGUCGUUGUUAUCGCGAUAAGACGUACAUUCGUCAGGAACUGCCUACAAGAUUCCGUCAGGAUACCUUACGCCUUCGAGUAGGGGAGACGUUUAUUUAUUUUUUUAUUUGUGCAUCAUUUGACAAACUAAAAGUGCCAGUUACAAUGAGUAAGCUCUUCUCAUCAAAAUCCAAUGAGUUCGAACUCGAAGCGUUGGAAGUCCACAAUGAAUUCAGAUCCGAACAUGGAGUCCCACCACUAGUCCUCAGCAAAGAGAUCAGCAAAUACAGCCAAAAAUGGGCCGAGGACUUGGCAAAAAAAGACGCCUUGGCAUACAGCCUUCACCAAAACUAUGGAGAGAACGUCUACUGCGGCUGGUCUCCAGACCCUAACACAAAGAUAAAAGCCAGAGACUGCGUUGAAAAAUGGUACAGCGAAAUCAACAACUUCUCCUUCGGCAAAGAGCCUGAUGUUUUAACCUGUGGACACUUCACACAAAUAAUAUGGAAAGGCACACGAGAGUUGGGCGUCGGCAGUGCUAAGAGCAAAUCAGGAAAACUUUACGUAGUAGCUAACUACUACCCACCAGGAAACUACAGCGGACAGUUCGCCAAAAAUGUUUACCCACCAGGCGCUAAUCAGUUUAGAAAAAACCCCAGCAACUCACCAAGAGAAUCUAACAACAAUUUGGCGCCACCGUCACCAAGCCAAAGGAACAGCAAAAACUUGAGUGAUAUAGCGUCAGAUUUAGUCAGCAAGUUCAAAUCAUCUUCAAUAUCUGGUGAGAAAUUCGAAGACGAAUUCCUUAGGGCUCAUAAUGAAUACAGAAGGAAUCACGGAGUGCCUCCAUUGGAGUUGAGCAAGAAGCUUUGUAAGUACGCCGAAGAAUGGGCGAAGACGAUAGCAAAGAAAGGCAAUACUGAACACAGAGACCAGAACGAGUAUGGAGAGAACAUAUUCUCAGCUUGGUCUAGUGAGCCAAACUUCACGGUCACAGGACGGGACCCGGUAGAAAAGUGGUACAGUGAGGUGAAUAACCACAGAUUUGGCAAGGAACCUGCAGAUUUGAACUCUGGCCACUUCUCACAAGUUGUAUGGGAAGACACCAAGGAACUUGGAGUGGGGGUUGCAAAAUCCAAAGAAGGUCACAUUUACGUCGUCGCGUAUUAUCACCCUCCGGGCAAUGUGAUCGGGAGUUUCGCCACCAAAGUUAAGCCUCCCAUUAAUUGAGUUCUUGUACACCUUCAUUAAUUCCACAGCCAAAGAAACAUUCCUUUACUUUAGACAAUUUAAUUAUUUAAAUAAGAUAUUUUUUCUACUACUACUAUUUUAAGAACCCUAUUUAAUUAUUGUUUGUACUGGAGAUUUUUACUAAUUUAUUACUCAAUUUAAAAUUAAAUUUAAACUUGCACAAAUUGACUUGAAAACAUUAAACUGAGUUUCAACAUCAGACAUAGUUUGCGAUGUUUAAUUAACAGUUAAUUAGAAGGUAUAGGACUGACUGAAAACUGAAGAACGUUUAUUUUUAGCGAUAAUAUAAUUAUUUACAACUUGUAGACAGCGUAGUAUACUUACUUAUUAUGUUAUAUCAAAUUAUCGUACUUGCCAGUUGAGAGUUUGUUUUACUAAUGAAAUCAAUUUUAAUAAAAUUGAAAAAACAUCUGA